AUGGCUGGAGCAAGACCACUGAAGGAUGCCUUCGUCCCAACAGCUUCUAAAUCUCCUUCAUGCAUUGAUUAUACACCGGACGUCAAUCAUGCCUAUUCCAUUCCUGUGCAGUUGAUUAACUCGUUGCCCAAAUAUAUGGGAUCCCCAUCUGAGGACCCUAAUGUUCACAUUAGGGAAUUCUUGGACAUAUGCAAAUUGCAGACCAUUCAGCAUCUGCCUCCUGAAGGCCUCAGGUUACUUCUUUUCCCAUUUUCAUUAAAAGAUGAUGCUAAGCGUUGGCUAUACUCUCUACCUGCAGGUAUCAUAACAUCUUGGGAUGAAAUGGUCAAGAAGUUCCUCAAGCAGUACUUUCCGGCCCAACUGACAAGGAAGCUGAGAAGAGAAAUACAAAAUUUCUGUCAGAAGGAUGGAGAUACUCUAUAUGAGGCAUGGGAGGAAUUUAAAGAGCUGCAGAGGAAGUGCCCCCAUCAUAAUUUUGCUUUGGAUGACUUGGUUCAAUAUUUCUAUGAUGGUUUGGAUACGGUCAAUAGGGGUAGCGUGGACUCGGCCUGUGGAGGGACAUUCAUGAAUAAGACUGGCCGGCAAGCAUAUGAUCUCAUUGAAGACUUGGCUGAUAAUAAUCGGCAGUUCCACGCAAGGGAUAAGCGAGCAAGAGGUCGUGGAGUUUAUGAGCUUGACACUAAGAAUGGGAUGCAAAAUCAGAUGGUAGCCUUGGAGAGAAAACUCAAUAUGUUAGUAAAUGUUAUGAGCAAUGGGUCUAAGGCAUCACCUCAGGUAUGCUCUAUUUAUUCAUAUUCUGACCAUACUACUGAUAGGUGUCCUAUGUCUACUUUGUCUGAGGAACAGGUAAACUUUGUGGGGCAACCAAGGCAAAAGUAUGACCCCUACUUGAACACAUACAAUCCUGGAUGGAAGGAUCACCCUAACUUCUGUUGGAACAACAAUGAUAAUGUGGUUCGGCCUACUCAAGGUGUCUAUAACAUGCCACCUGGUUUCCAAGCCCCUAGACAACAAGCAUAUCAACAAGCUCCGCCUCAACAAGCUUCAAGCAAAUCAUUGGAGGAUAUGCUCAAGGACAUGGCACUUCAUACUUCUACAUUCAUGCAAGAGACCAAGGCUCAAUUUAAGGAGCAAGGGCAAUCAAUCAAGAACUUAGAGAGACAAGUUGGGCAACUUACAAGUUAUAUGCAAAAUAGGCCUCCCGGAACUCUUCCAAGCACAACUGUGCCUAAUCCUAAGGGUGAGAGUGUUGCGGAGCUCCAUGCCAUGACUUUGAGAAGUGGAAAGCAAUUGGAGGGACCAAUAAGAGCCAUAGAGAAGUUCAUGAACUCAAAGAAGGAGCAACAUGAGAAAGACAUCUUGGAAACCUUUCGGAAAGUCCAAGUGAACAUCCCCCUUUUGGACACCAUCAAACAAGUGCCCAAAUACGCUAAGUUUCUCAAGGAGUUGUGUACCAACAAGAGGAGGUAUAAAGAUAAGGAAACUGUGGCCCUUAGUGAGGAAGUCUCAGCGGUACUUUUGAGAAAAUUGCCUCCUAAGCUGAAGGAUCCUGGAAGAUUCACCAUCCCUUGCACAAUUGGGGAACGCAGGUUUGAAAAAGCUUUACUUGAUUUAGGAGCUUCUAUUAAUCUAAUGCCCUAUACUGUGUAUGAAACUCUUAAGUUAGGUGAGCUCAAGGAUACUCAAGUCACCAUUCAACCAGCGGAUCGUUCUAUAGCCUUUCCUAAGGGCAUAGUUGAAGAUGUCUUGGUGCAAGUGGGAGUGUUGAUCUUUCCAGCCGAUUUCUUUGUCUUGGAGAUGGAGCCUGAGCCUAUGCCAUAUGACCUUCCUCUCAUUCUUGGUCGCCCAUUCAUGAGAACUGCACGAACAAAGAUUGAUGUCUAUGAGGGAACCUUAACAAUGGAAUUUGAUGGCGACAUUAUAUGCUUCAACAUCUUUGAGGCCAUGAGGUAUCCGAAUGAUGUUCAUACUUUUUUUUCCAUAGAUGCCUUUGAUUAUCUUGUGCAGGAUACCUUUAAUGCAAGUGUGGGGGAGGAUAAACUCAAGAGAACAUUAGAAUUGGGAUUGGAGCAAAACGAUUUUCAACAAGUCGAAGGUGAUACUUCAACUGGACAAAUGCAGGGGAAAGACACCAAUCCAAGGGUCUCCAACGAUGUAGUUUGGAACCAUGAGCUCAUGGAAACAGUCGCUGCACUUGAGGCACGCCCUCAAGUACAAGGUAAGCCUCCUAACUUUAUUUCCCUUCCAGUUUCAGAUGCAAAACUUGUACCUUCUGUGAUUCAGGCACCCAAAUUAGAGCUUAAACCAUUGCCGGAUCAUCUCAAGUAUGCUUAUUUGGGAGAUAAUGAGACAUUGCCUGUUAUUAUUGCUUCUAACCUUUCGGCACAUGAGGAGGCAAAGAUUGUCUGA